AUGGUCGACCAUGUGGGUAAGGUUGUUCUUCCCGGGGAAAUCAUAACCGGUUUUAAGGCAUCGGAGAAAACAUCAAAAGUUAUUCUAGGUCCGGGAUUGAGACAGGAAUCAGAAACGAUAAGAGCUACGAAACCUGGAAUUUUGAGACAUAAAGAACCAAAUGUUUAUUGGAUCGACAGUUAUCAGAAAAGGUACAUACCUGUCAAAGGUGAUGCAGUUCUCGGAAUUGUUACAACAAAGGCAGGUGACAUCUUCAGGGUGGAUGUUGGUAGCAGUGACCAAGCAUCAUUGCCCUAUGUAGCGUUUGAAGCUGCUACCAAAAGGAACCGACCUGAUGUGAAGGUUGGAGAUAUAGUGUAUUGUAAGUUUGUUGAGGCUAACAAAGACAUGGAGGGAGAGGUGGUGUGUAUAGACAGUACAGGAAAGAGUGGCGGCCUUGGAGUGAUUGGAAGGGAUGAAGGAUACAUGUUCCAAGUUCCCAUAAAUCUUGCUCGGAAAGUGCUGAGUCCAGACUGCGUCUUGUUCAAACAGCUUGGUAAGAACAUGCGUUAUGAGACAGCAGUAGGGAUGAAUGGUCGAAUCUGGGUGAAGGCCAAGACAGUGGUUGAAACCAUAGCCAUCACAAACGCUAUAUGUGCAUCAGAGUACAUGACAAACACUCAAAUUAAAAAUAUGUGUAAAAGACUAGCUGAUUCUUUAGCUGGAUUCUGAUUUCCAUGUGCAAAUAAUAAUCUAAAUAUCUGGCUGGAUCCUAAGUUAUGUGGAACUCAACUGAUGGAUUUUCAUCUUAUGGCUGAUUUGAAUUCUCUGGUUGGAUUAUGAGUAAAAGAGAACUGAUUCUCUGUCUAGACUUCGAUAUGUGUUUCAGCUUGAAAAAAAAAGUCAAAAAUUAGAUAUCAAUAUGUAUCAGCAUCCUAUUAACAUAAAGAUGUGCCGAGAGGGUAAACUAUAUGCAAGAAGCAGAACAGGUUUCUAUAUAGGUUAUGAAAGAAGGGUAUAUUUUGUGGAAGCCAGGCUUUAAUUUCCAAAGCAAAUAUACUGGAAUGAUGUAUAUCCACCUAUACCUGUGUAGUUAUACAAUACGAGUAAAAUAUUUGUACCUGUCAACUUUCCAAAAUUAAAAUUAAGGAGAAAGUUUGCUGUCUUCAAACAUAACGAGAGCAUAUAGACAAUGUAAUGCUUUAUUUGACUGAAGUUUCUUAUAUUAGCUGUUAUAUAGAAGGAUUUAACUUAAGUAUGGAACUUAAGGGUAAAGCAGGUGGAAAUGAUUCAGACUGCUGCUUAACGAGGGAGAGUUGAUAGGGAGUGUGCUACUGGAUUUCUGUUGGGAAAUAAUCUCUUUGCUUCAAAGGAUAUUGUUACAUGUAUACUUAAUAACAUCUAACAGUAGACAUCGAUAAUGUUAGUGAUCUUAAGAGGUAAGAAUUUGCUUGAUACCGAGGUCAAGUUUUUUUCACAGAAGUAGGAUAAAUGACAAUUUGUAGAAGUGUAACGUUGAAAGUGGUCAUGACAGUUGAUAAUUUAAUGUAUAUGAAAGUGGAAGAAUGAUAGUGUACAAGAAGAGGCGAGAGGAUGUUCUGUACUAGGCUUAUGUUGUUGAAGUAUGAUUGGCAUAAUUGUUAAUAAAUUUG